UCCAAGUGAGACGACACAGCGGAGCUCCGGAUAGAGAGGAGGGGAAUGGGUCCGAGUCCGACAGCGGUGAGUUCAGCAGCUGAAACCUACAGCCGCUGCCGCUCCUCUGUGACUAUCCAGAGAAGAAGAGGAGGAGUGAAUCAAGACUUCAGUGGAUUAAUUUAACCUCCCUUUGUUGGGGGAAACAGUGCAGAGGAAAACGGGAGGCGAGGAUGUCUGUACAAAAGCUCCCAGGUUCUUUUGGAGUCAUGUUCCCAGCGUUCUCUCUGCCCAUGAAAGCGGAGCGCAGUCGGAAUAAGGAGCGGCUGGAGGCCAGCCUGGCCGGCUUGUGUGAGCUGGAGCUGCUCAAACAGAGGCAAGAAUGCCGGGUGCUGAGCGCUCUUUGCCUCGGGGACUCUCCGGCUCCCGGCCGUCCGCCUUGGGGAGCCCUGCGGUCUGCACGUUGCGCCCUGGACGCACCAAACGGCAACGCGUCGGAUGACUACAAACUCGGACCCCCAACUAGCAGUCUCCAGUGUACGCCAUGGGGUAUAAAGGCAUCUUUAGAACAGCAGGUGGCAGAGCUGAAGGUGAACACUGAGGUCCAAUCAACAGAUCCCCCUACUGAUCUAGAGGACAGCCAACUUACUGCAGGAGAGGUCCUUGCAGCCAAGAAAACUGGAUCUCCUGAAACAAGUUACCACCCUUUGGUCCCUCGUUCCCUCUCAGCACCUGAGGGAACAGUGGAGACAGAGACAGGAGAAACAUGGCUGUCAGACCCAACAAGAUGGACCAUGGUUACUGAUGCUUUGGGAGAGAUGAGGGAUGUUGACCCCAGCCAGGAGGAUCAUCAACAAGCCCAAAAGGCAGAGACUUAUAUAUUUGGAUUGGUCCAACGUCGAGCUCUACCCACACGUCCCUCAAAGCCCCGCACCAGCCUGGCACAUGAUGCUCGAGCUGUUAGUGUGAUGAGGCAGAGUAGUGUAUGCCGCAAGGAGGAGCAACAUUCACCAAAGCAGGUGUCUGUUCAAGAGAUUUCAAUGCUGCCCCAGUGUUCAGAGGGAACUGUUCCACAAGCUUGCCAUAACCUUGAUCAGGAGCCUUACCUAGGGACAGGGUUUACUGAAGAUGUCCCACCGCCCUACCACCACAAUCUCCAGCAAAGUACCCAGCAUCAAUCAGGGCUUUAUCACAGACCCAGGCAGGCCCCCAUGAUUAACACCUCCCGUUCAGCCAUGAUGGACUAUCCAUCUUGCAGAGUGCUGCAAGCCCACCCAGACUCCAGCAAUAGUGAGCCUGAUUCACCCCAACAUUUUCACAACUAUCCAUCCCCUCCAGCUCUGUCAAAGCCUCACCAACAGUUGCCACCUGAUGAGCAGCUGGUCAACGCAGAGUAUAUUCCAGCUCAGCCUUGCCGAGCCUCCACCAGAGCUUAUGCCCAUCACCACUCCAACCCCAACAAGGGCUCUGGGGUGCCCAAACCCAACCGAAGCACAUAUUCUCCAGAAAGAGGCCAUCAUCAUCAGGAGCAGCAGCCCGCAGCAUCUCAGAUCCAACCCUCCAGAUCCCGAGGAGGCCCAAAGAAAUGUCGCUCAAACGAAGACCGAAAUGGUGCCAGCAGGAAGCCAGGGAAGAAGGCAUGUAGGUCUCAGUCAGAGAACAGUCUGCAAAGGGCUCCAGAACGCAAGUACAAUACAGUAGAGAGGGAUGGUGGAGGAAGUGGAAGCGGUGGAAGGGGAAGCCGCAGUAGUCAAUCCAAGAGCAAGAAACAACAGCAAGGAGGUAGUAGCUGUCGCCGCUGGCAGUCCACCCUGGAGCUCAGCCAAGACGAAGCUGACCAGCCAACUGUGCAGGCACCCAUGCAAGGCUCUUCAGCCUCAAACCAAAGGGACCAUUGUGCAAGGCGCACACGCAAAUCUCGCCCUACACAUGCAUCAUAUGCCUACCCACACCAUCACCACUCCCACCAUCAUCAGCACAUGGAGUACCAUUUAGAGAGGGACCAAGUGCCAAUGUGUCAACCAAGUGAGGACUACCCUCACCCACGUCAGGGUGAGUCUGAGUCCAGCAUGAGUGAGGCCGAUUCUCCAGAUUCCAGCUCCUUGUCCAGUGAUUCAGAUGAGAGUGGUGGUCUGGUUUGGCCCCAACAACUACCCCCUCAACUUUCCCUCCCAUCGCCUCCUGCCCCACCUGGGGCACCUCUGCAGCCUAAGGCUUUUGUCAAGAUAAAGGCCUCACAUGCCCUUAAGAAGAAGAUCUUGCGCUUCCGCACUGGUUCGCUGAAAGUCAUGACCACUGUAUAAGGUGGAAUACUGGCCAAACUGAAAGAACAUGAGCUGCAGAGCUUUAGACUAACUACAACGACGGACCACAAAUUACAGUGGAUAUAAAAUUCAAUGUGUACAUGGAAGUUCUAUGAACUUGACUGACUGAAUUAAUCAAGUGGUUUUAGAUCAGCCUUAACAAGCAAUGAAGGAAAUAGUCAUCACCAUAUCAGCCUUUUUGUUUCAAAAAUAGGAUGUAUAAUUAUAUAUUAAGUGUUACAUUUUACUAAAAGUGCUCAUGUGGAUGACUCAUGUUUUGUCAAAAGGUACCAUAUUUGGCCACAUUGGCUCUUAAAUAUCCCCACCCAUCAACAUGCACACACCCACUGAUAAAGUAUAUCAUAGUCCAUACUGGCAUUGUCUUUGAGGUCACAAUGAACCAUAUUUCAAGAUUUUAAUUUCCGAUCAGGCACAGAUUAAUCCCCAGUAUAUCCACCAUUGUGAAGGACAUUGGACCUCAUGUUAGAAUAUUUUCAUAUUCUAUCCUAAACUCUUCAUACCUUGUGUGUGUGGCUUGUUGAUACCAGUGUUACUGUACAAGUCAGAUUCACCAAACUGUCCUAACCACACAAAAUUUGUUUCAAUCUGACAAAUUCACGAGUAGCUGCGCAUUUGUGAGACUUUAGCAACCAACACUUUGCAAUGUACAGGUACCUGUUCUUUAAAAAAAAGAUGUGUUUUGGUUGCUAAGUUGUCAGCCUCCAUUUAAAAGAAGGAACCUUUGUCUCCAAAUUUUCUAUGUUGUUUUCUGAAGCAAAUUCCUCAACAAACACUUCCCACACAUCCCUGUACAACAGAAAGAGUUUGUAUGAUAUCCUUAGAAUUAGUGCCCCAAGAAUGACAUUAAAUACUUAACAUAAAGUUACGUACUUAAUGUAAAGUUGCGGAGGUUAGGUUUAGGAAAAGGAACAUGGGGACAACUUACUUUAAAAUGACUCAGAGUUCACUCAAAGUUCACAGAGUUCUGAAAACCAGUCUCCUGGGGAAAUUCCUGUGGGAAAGUCCUGUGUUUUGUGACCAAUCUACCACCCCAAUCUGCACAUUACUUCCUUAAGCGCAUUUGUCAUGUGAUCACAGCCUUCCCAUAUCCAUGGGUUAUACACAAAUGGCUAGCUAAUGAUUACAUAGGAUAUGUACAAAUUUUGGUGCAUUACUUACAUGUAUGGUAGGAAAAUGAAUGAACAGUGCAUGAGAACAGCCUGAACUGCUAUGCGUGUGCACAUUGGAAACUUACUGUUGAAAAUAAAAUAUAGUGGCCUACAAGAUAGGCCACAGUUUCCUCAUAUUUGGACAGUGAAAUCCUCUUAUGUUGCUGAAAUGAUGCAUAUCUGUUAUUAUUGAAUUGUUAAGUCAUACUGUAAUUAAAUAGGAGGAUAACUCAAGACAAACAACUUAAAGUAAUGGCUUCCUGCAUGUUUUUCUUCAUAAACGCACAGCUUUUAAAUAUAUCGUGGGUGGAAGUAAAUUUAUAUGUCAGACAUGGGGAAAUGUGGCCACAGAACAUAAAAAAGUAGUUGUGAAGGAGUGGAUUGUUAGUACAUUACAAAGAGCUUGUGAGACAUUUUGUCUGGAAUUUGUGGUUGAGAUAGUAAAUUUCAUUGUAGAAAGAACCAACUUUUGGCCAAAAAGAAGUCUGUAAAUCUUUUACUGUAGCAGCAGACACAAACCAGCAAGAUACCGCAGUAGCAAGAUUUAAAUUGUGUUUGAAAAGUGUUGGAAACAUCAAGUGUCUCACUUACAAAGUAUUCUCGAAAGACCUUGUUUAAAAUGUAAAGUAGCAAAUGACAGUUUGUACUGUUUUAAUGUUAAUAGUAGGCUACCUGCAAACUAAUAAAAAUGUGCCUGCCCAAAGAAUGUAACGUUACAAUGUCACUUUGAGCAUUUGACAGUAUUACCAUGUAAAGUGCACUAGCCGACUAACUAUUAGCUUCUUUUUGUAUGAAAUUUGUUUGAAAACUGUACUAUAUAGAUUAAAGUGUUUAAAAAUUACCAAAACAA